AUGUUUCUUGUACUUAAUGAACUCAAGAAUGUAGGUGAAGAUAGACUCGCAAACUUCAACGCUUUGAAAUCAAUUAUAACGGAUAAUGAGAUUAGAAUUAAUGAAAAGAAUCAACCCAGAAGAACUGCUCAGAACGUUGCAAACUUCAUUUUCGUAACUAACAACGUCUACCCUGUCAAAAUUGAAGUUGGAGACAGAAGAUACGUAGUUUUAAGGGUUAAUGGUAAAUUCAAGGGUCAAUUUGAUUACUUCAAGAAUUUAAUGGAUUCAUGCACAAAGGAAUUUUAUGAUAACCUUUUAACAUAUUUUAUGCAAUAUGACCUUUCAUCAUUUAAUGUACGAAUCAUACCGAUGACUGAAGCCAAACAAGAUUUAAUCGAGUUAUCAACAAAUCCUUUAGAUGUAUGGAUAAAUACACAUUAUGAUGAAUUGUGUGCAGGUAUGACGUGUGAAAAUGCUCUAUUCUGCAAACCAUCAGACAUGAAAGACAAAAACUUUCAAAUGAGCAUUAAGGAUAAAUGUGAAAGGAAACAAAGAAAAAUAGAUGGUAAACAGACAUGGUAUUAUGUUUUGAAAGAAGAAAUGAAAGGAUUAUAUAAACAGGUUGAACCAAACGAUAAUGAGGAUUCAUUUACUGACGAUGAAAUACCUGUAAAUGAAGCUUUAUAA